AUGGCGGACAGUGGCGAUGAGGGGAGCUUGCCCUCCCCUUCAGACGAUACAAUUGCAACCGUUGUUUACGGUCCUCGAAUAGUACAUAUUACAAAGACAGAAACAGGCUUUGGUUUUAACGUUAGAGGACAAAUUAGCGAGGGAGGGGUGUUGAAAUCUAUUGCCGGAGUACUUUAUGCACCCCUCCAACAUGUGAGUGCUGUUUUGGAAGGAGGGGCAGCUCAGAAAGCUGGGAUACGCAAAGGAGACCGCAUCUUGGAAGUGAACAAUGUGAAUGUAGAAGGCUCCACCCACAAGCAAGUGGUUGAUUUGAUACGAUCUGGAGGGGAUCGUCUAACACUGACAGUGAUAUCGGUGCCGGAGCAGGUGGCUGAGAAACUGGAGCCAAGUGAUGACUCUUGGCCAUCUUACAUUGACUACUCAGAGCGACGAUCUCUCCCUAUUUCAAUACCAGACUAUCACACAGUAGAAAAAGAUGGAGAAAAAUUUGUUGUUUACAAUAUCUAUAUGGCCGGUCGCCACUUGUGCUCCCGGAGAUACAGGGAAUAUGAUGCCCUUCAUCAGAACCUUAAGAGAGAAUUUCCUGACUUCAACUUCCCCAAACUCCCUGGCAAGAAAAUUUUCCAUUUGUCAGAACAGCAGCUUGACCAAAGACGACGUGGACUUGAACAAUACUUGGAGAAAGUGUGCGCAGUACGGGUGAUCGGAGAGAGUGAGAUUAUGCAGGAGUUCCUGUCUGCCGAUGGAGGGGAGUCGGAUGAUGCUAACAGUGAAGUGGAACUGAAGGUGCUGCUCCCUGAUCGCAGUCUGUGUGUUGUCACUGUACAUCGGUCCGACAACGCUGAUGAUGUGUACCAGGCGGUAGUGGACAAGUUGCAGCUGGAAGAGAAUGUAGCAGCCUGCUUCUACCUUUUUGAAACCGUUGAAUACAACUUUGAGAGGAAACUGCAACCGCAUGAACUGCCACACAACAUCUACAUCCAGAACUACAGCACCGCAACAGCCACAUGUAUUGUCCUCAAGAAGUGGGUGUUCACGCUGUCCAAGGAGAUGAUGCAGAACGCAUGUGAGAAGGCAGUUAGCUUUCUCUACUGGCAGGCGGUGGAUGAAGUGAACCGAGGCCAGAUAAAGACUGGGGACAAGUUAUAUGAGUUGAAAGCAUUACGAGAGGCAGCAAAAGCUCACGAGUAUCUUGUUGACUGUUCUGAAAGGUUGUACCGGCCACCUGGAUGGAUAUGGGAGGUUGUGUUUCCCCACUGUGCCUGUGACUCCCGCCGAGAUGGUCAUGUAAUUGCUAUCAUUGGUCUAGAAAGCUUCAAGUUACAGGCAUGUAAAGAUGACGGGCAGCCAGAGUCACAAGUGAUUGAAUUCUCCUGGAAAGAUGUCCGAUCAUAUGAGGUAGAUGAGGAAGGAAUGUCCUUUAACUUCGAGUACGACAGACCUGGGAAGAAACCGAGGAUAGUCAAAAUAUUUACACAAUAUAGCUAUUUUAUGAGUGAUUGUUUUGAUCGAAUAUAUGAAGAAUUGGAUUGGGAGAAAUAAGUUAAGCUGGUAAUGCUAGGCUGUGCCAACUGAUGAGUGUGAAUCAAAACAGAACGUGAUAUGAGUGUCUGAUGGUGAUUCAGAAGUGUUCUGUAAACCUCAACAUGUGAUACCUUCGACCUACAUGUGAUGCUUACGGGACAAGGCAGAUCGGACAUGCAUGCCAACAUCCAGCGUUUCUCUGUCUCUUUCCUUCAUCUCAAGUGGAUCAUUUGACUCAGCCUCUCCUUCAGAACUGGGAUGGCAUGGAUUGGGAGAGUGUCUUCAAAACCAAAUUAUUCUGUGACACAAGCCAUGUUUAACAAAUCAGGAGAUAAACCCCAGCAAUGAGUUCAUUUUGGAACUGUUUGAAGAAGAGGUUGGCUGAAGUUUUUGUAUACUUCUCAUUAAAGUUAAGGACCAGUUGAUUCUUCAAUAUCUCAAUAGUUUGUCUCAUGCUAAGAGAGAUAUGCAGGUAUCUAAAGAAUCCGGUCCCUUAACUAUUUUUAGUAGUAUAUUUUGAGUUUUUUCACCAUUGGGUCUGAGCUGAAAUUGUUUUGUGAAGCUGAUGGUGCAUUGCAUGCAGGGUUUGCAGUGCCUAUAACAAUGUGUCACUGUGCACACAUGCACCUGUUGUGUGUGGUUAGUGUAUGCUCUUCUUUGUUCUUUGAUAUGAUCUCUUAUUCUGCUUGCUUCGACAGUCCAAAGGAUUUUGUGCUGCAGAUAUUAAGUUACUUGUGUUUGCUUCUGGGCAAGGGACUGGAUAUGGUAAGGUGGUUGUGGUAUCAAGAGUGUUACACUUCUGUUGUGUUACAUCUAUGCACAUAGCUGUCAUGGCACCAUCAUGUAUCAACCUCUCCCAAACAGGAGGGAAUUAUUGCUGUUGACUAUCUCUUGCUAAAGUUAGCUGUCACUUGACUCUCUGUACAGAAAUAUUUUCACAUAAAAACCUUCCCUACAUUUCAUUCUCAAACCAUGUAUAACAGUAAUUGGUUUUUUUUACAUUGUGGCCAACUACUUUUUGAGGAGGAUGUGAAAUACAAUGCUGCAAGAAUGCCCAUCUUAUGCCUUAGAGCCCUAGGUGGUACAGUGGAACCUUUCUGAACCAGACUUCAGGGGGUCUUGAAGUUGAGUCCAGUUUAAAAAAGGUCUGCUUUGCAGGAGAGAAAAGAAAAGAAAGGAAAUUUUUAUGAAAAUAUUGCACAUGAUAGUAAAUGUGGGCCAGCGUUGACAGAAAUCUGGAUUAGUUACGGACUGGCUUUGAUAUAUUCCACUGAACAGUGUACCUCUGUGGCUCCGAUCCCAGGUGCAGUACUAUCAGUGCAGCUGUAGGAGCACUUAAUCAACAUCAUGUAGUGUUUAUCAUAACUUGAUGGUAUUUUUUUUUUUACGUUUACCAUCAGCAUUUUUCAAUGUAGUUUACUGUCUCAUUAUUACUAAUCUGUUACUGUGAGUUUUGCUGAAACAUAUAACAUCCUUAUAUAUUAUAGAGCCUUAUGUUAAAAAGACACUGCUGAACGAGGGCAUAUUCAUAUGGGUAAACAACUUCUGUAUUACAAACAGGCAAUGUUUUCAUACAGAUAAACAGUUGUUGAUAAACGUGUGAGUCUACAUGGAAACAUUGCCUCAUGUGUUGUAAAGACAUUAGUAUCCAUUGCAACCUUGACCUUGUUCAUCGCACUAACCUCUAAGUGACAAUCAGAGCCGUUAAGAUGUUGUUGACACUGUGUGUGGCAGUCAUGCUAACAACAAGCUUUUGAUUCUCUUUUUGAUUUGCACAUAAAAUUUAUGAAUUGCUUUUGUAAAGUGAAUAUAUUUAUUGUUACAUAAUGAAAGGAUGGAGACAUAGAAGACCGGUUGAGAUGUUGCUGUGAUAAGGUGAUGAGAUAGCAACAUUUACCUGGACAUAAUGUGAUCACAUGAGGUCACCUGUUUGUUCUGACUUACCUGGGAAGUGACGAAAGUCACCUUCUGCUCAUUUUCUAGAUGUGACGGUCUUGUUUAAUCCGACCUAGCUUAACACUACAGAAUGGUUGUAAAUAAUUACUAAGUUUUAGGAGUUAGAUAUUAUUUAGUUUCCUUUUUAAUGACACUAAAUUUGAUUUUUGUAGCAUUUGGAGUUACUGUAGAGGUGAAAUAUUGGUGUAGUUGAAGUUCCAUUGUCAGUAUUUGCUGGCUUGCCUGAGACCAUAAUGCUCGUAGUUGUUAAUUCUAGUCUGUCAUGUUGAAGCGAACAUCCUCAAAGUUCAUACACAAACACACAGCACAGCAGCAUGUGCUGGUUCCUUGUGCUGCCAACCCUGGCUAUAUCAAGAUGGUGCCAGGCUUGAUGGUAGCUGAUGAUCCCAACGAAAUCUUUCAUGCUGUAUUUUCUUCUUCAGAUACUUGUCUCUUAUUCUGUCUGAAAACUUAACCUGUCCUUCUGUUUGUAUUGUCCCAUUGUCAGCACUCCACGGGGUUGCGAUACUUCACUCCUCCAUCACAUGCCAAUACUUGUAUCAAUCAAUCUUUAUUCAGAACUGAAGGCCACAGGCCCAUAGUACAAGUAUAUACAAUGUUCAAAAGCAGAGUGGAUUUCCCUUCAAAAUAGCAUGAUAGAUAAACAAAGCAAUAUUUUCAAUAAAUAUACUGUUAGAAUUUGACAAUAGUUGGAUAAAUUUAUAAUUUGACGGUUGUUUCGUAUAAUAAUUGGGUAUAUAUUUGCUUCUAAUGUUUCUAUAAUAAUCACAAAUUAGCAGAACAUGGUAUUCAACUUCCAGGACGUUUAAUUUACAGUAUCUGCACUCAGUAGAUUUCUUAUGAAAUUUUCCCUUAUAACAACUUAAAUCAUAAUGUACGGAAUGAAACUGUGAUAAGGCUAUUCUUACUUUACUUACAUGCCAAUACAAACAGCAGAUACAGGCUACAAUAGUCAUACAUGUCUAUUUAUAGUCACAUAAUGUACUGAGGCCAACAAACCUCAAAUGUGCCCACUCCUUGCAUUAACGUUUUGAGAGGCCCACCUCCACCCGACACUGAAGCGAUGUGUGGAGCACAGCCUGUAAGUCUGGGUCACGUGUUGCACAGUAAAUAUUGUCUAUGUUAUGCCACUUCAUUCAUUCCCUCUCAUUGGAACCAGGCCAUCAUUUGAUUCAAUAGUUCGAAAUACAAAUAUUCGGCAGUAUGUUUUCACAUUUGAUGAAGGAAUGUAGUAUAAAGAAACCUGUGAAGUUCUGAUAAUUAUCUUGUCCUUGAGGUGAUAUACCGGUAUAUCUGCUGUACUUAAUGAACAUCAGGAACGUUAACAGUAUAUCGACGGAUUAAACAAAUUUAUUGGUAGCAAGGAUCAGAGCAGUUUGUGAAAGUAAUACCUUUACACCUUUAUAUGUUAGAUAAGCAGGAAAUAGAGAAUUAAAUGAAAAUCUAUAUUUUUGUUUGUCAGUUGAACAGGGUCAUUGAGAUGCAUGUCGUGUCUGAUAAUCAUGAAACCAUGCAUUACUGUAUCAGUACCAGGAAGUGGGUAGGAAGUGUGCAUCCUUGGUGUUGUCAAGUGCUGUAAUACACAGAAAUAAUGAAAACUUUCUAUGUGUAGAAAGAUUCAGGCAGUUGCACCAUGAGUAAUGUUUCAAACUGUUGCAGUGACCUUAAAAAACAGAUAACAAGUUAAAUACUUAAGAAAUGGCAUGUUUAAUAAGUCGCAUUGGAAGAUAUUUUCUUUUGUUUUUUUAAAAGUCUGCUCAAAGAGAAAUUGACAAUAGUGAACGAGAAAUAAUGUAUGUGUUACGAAAGUGCAAUCAUGUGUUCAGCGUUGCAUGGUAUUACUUCCAGAUGAUACUAGGCAAACUGAAAAAUAAAGUAAAUACUGCCUUAUGCUGGCAGUGGACUUUCAGCCAUGUCCAGGGGUAGGCAGAAUUGGUAAUAUUGGACCACAAAUCAUAUGUUGGUUUUCACUAGUCUUGGACUAGUAGUGUCCAUUUCUAUCCUUGUUAAUGAACCCUGUAUAUAUCAGAAAGGGAUUAACUUUCUCAUAGUCUUUUAGCACUUUAGGUAUGUAUUGUUUUGAUAUCUAUAUACUCAAACCAUUGUGUUUCAGUGAUUUGAAUGUAAGUUCAUAUCAAAAACUUUUGGUAUGUGACCACCAUUAUUUGUAGGCUUGUACAGAAGGGAAGUCACUGAACUUGUUCUUUAUAGUGGGAUUGUGGGUACAAUUUGACCUUCUUGUGGUCAGGGUGUGAUGCAUAUUUUGAUAAUUCAGUGAAAUAUUGUAUUUUUAAAGAUGACAUUAUCUCUGCAAGGAAAAAAAUCUUGUAACUGAGAAUAAAUUGGACAGCAUAUAUACAAUAUGGAAUGUGAACAGGGUGGAGAAUCGACUGCAGAUCCUAGAGCUCCUGCGUGUGAGUUACAAAGCGGGAAUACAAUAAGCCUGUGUGACUCUUCAUCACAAUUGUAUCAAAUAUCAUGUCUUGUACAGAUUUUCUGUGAAGGAUUUAAAUCCAGAUCCUUCAAUAUUUGUUGAAAUAUGUAUAUAUUAGUGUCAUUAUAACUUAAACAGCACUGUAAACAGUAUCACAGAUAAACAGAUUUUGUGUUUAUGUCAUUUGCCUGUUACCACGGCAACCCAGGCAAGAUAUAUAUGUAUCAUAUAUACUUCAUCUUUGUGUUUUGUGAUAUACAGCUGUUCUGAAUGUCUCGAGUGCUAGAUGUGUACAAACAUUUUAUUCAAGGAUGAGUGGAAGAUUAUUAUUAUCAUGUUAAUGCAGGUUCUGAAUAUACUUAUAUCAUUGUCUUUUAAGCCAUCAAUGCUGCUUGCCUGGGUUUACUAAUUUUGUAUCAUAGGUGCAAUGACUUCUAUUUGACUCUAUGUUUGCUCGCCAGCUCUGGGUUGCUGCAGACAGAUCUAUCCCUUUGUCAACACCAUGCAACUUUAGCUGAUAAGGUUACUCUGGAUUGGUAUACCCUCAAUGUGUACCCUGGUAACAGACAAUAUAGGGAGUUGUAACCAGAUUUACGUUGCUGUGUCUUAUUGUACCCAGACUAUAUCGAAGUGUACCCAAUUUGAGAAAUCUCAUGAUGCAUUUUGGAAGUGCUUUAGGGAAAAGAAAAGAUGGACUUUAAUUGCAUGUAAUAUUCAAAGUACAUGUGACAUUUGACGGAGACGUGACAGAAAACAAUGGAUUUUUGGUCCAGUACAUGGCCCAGUAAGUAUUUCAUCAGUUGAUAAAACGUGGUUCUGCUUUUGUAUUCUGGUGCAAAUCAUAGCCACAGUUUAUUUAUUGAAGUUCAUCCGUCUAUUUUGGCUAUCAUUGAUAUAUUUGUAUUAAAGUCUGUUGUGAGAUUCCAAAACUGAGUGACACUUUGCUGGUUCAAUGAAAACAACACAGCAACACCUUUCUGGGUACAGUUCGGUAUUCUGUUCUUUACCCUGGGAAACUGGCUAGGAGACUGAUCAAGAGUGACCCUGUCAGGUUGGAUAGUAAUACAGCACACGGAGGUCCCAUUGAAGGUUGUAAUAGUUGUAAACUGGGACAUAUUACUACAGUCUUAGUGAUGGUUUGUAGAACACAGCCCAGAUUGGUUUGAUCAUUGGUUCUAAUGGGCAAGCUUGUAUAUAUAUGCAUCUUGAGACAUCUUUGUGAGAGGAGAUCACACUUUUUGAAUUAGUGGAAAUAUUUUCGAUCUCCAACUUCAGAUUUUGAUGACACUUGUUUCUUAGAAAGCAUUAUGCCUACAGUUGUGAAAAUUUGUUUGACAAGCAUGAUAACAUCAAGUUAGCAUUGAUAAAACAGCUUUACAUGAAACCUUUCUAUAUAUGCAAACCUCUUCAUUCUGGUCCUCUGCAUGUGUGCACAUGCUGCCUGGUUUGUGGAACAGUACCACUACACACAGUAUGCUAUGUGCAAUGUAUGUACCAAGUAUGUCACUUUAUAUUUACGCUCAUACACUCAGUAUUGAGAUCAGCAACAUUCAGCAAGCAACACUUGUCCAUUCAUUUAAAACAAGGAGUUGCAGAGAAUGAUAACCUUGUUUUCUGAGAAAACAACAUAAAUGUUUGGCUGCCAUCCAGGAAACUUAUCAAACUGUUUUCACAUCUUGGUUGUGUUGUCCACUGUAAAACUGACAUAUAUGUACCAAAUGUUUACAUGUUAGCAUACAUAUUUGUAAUCCUGUAUGCCGGUAUGCAUGUCUGUCAUUCCUCACCCAGCAGUUGUGUACAUUUUCUGUAAGUUAGACCUGGGGCACAGGAAGAGUUGUGUCCCGGAGUCAGGGUGCUGGUUUCUUGUUUGAGUUCAAUGAUGUGAUUCAUUGUCUGUGAACACCAUGACCAUGUUUGUUGCUGUCAAAGUCUCACUGGUAGUAUCUACAUCACUUCAGGAUUUCUUCCCAUCAGAAGCUGUGUAGUCAUGAAGGUUCAAAGCUGCAUUGAUCCCAUCUCCCUCACUCACUCAUUUUCCAGGUCUUAUGGGGCAUUUGGGAAGAUUGAGACUUAAAUCUUAAUUUUUCAAAGGGAGCAUUUAUUUGAGUGGUAAUUUAUGUUUUUAUGGAGUCAAAUGAAGUGGUUCUAAUGGUUAGCCAGCUUGGAAAAAGCAAUUGUUCGUAUAGUGACAUUCAGAAAGCUUGAUACAGGAUACAUCACAUUUGAUCAUCGCACCAUGGAUACAAAAUGCGAAACCCAUUUGUUCUUUUAGUUUCCCAGCCAUGCUGUUGGUGUAGCAUUGCAGCAGCACUCUACUUCCACAGUAAAGUCGGACUGUAGAUUCUUUCUGCUUCUUUCCCUACUUGCUCAAUAUAUGCUAAGGUUGUUUGCUUACUUAGUUGCAGGAACUGCUCAUGUACAUACAGCAUAGAACAGGUAGCCUAGCUUCUGUUUUUAUGCACUUGUUAAAAUUACAUAAUUUCAUAAAUCUGAUUUGUAAUUUUAUGGGCAUGUUUUGAAUUAAAAAAUAUUAAGUACUCAA